AUGGUGAUCCAAUACCAAGGGGCUCAGAUCCCCAUCUCGUUCGCAUCAUGCAGCAUCCCAAUGAAGAUCAAGGCAAGCCUUCCCGAUAAGCUUGGCGCUAUUCGAAGAGCCGGUUUCGAUGGAAUUGAACUUUCUAUGCCUGAUAUCAUUGAUUAUGGAAAGCUCCUGAGCGGAUCUCAACCAAAAGAGGACGACUAUGAUACCCUUGCCGAUGUCGCGAAGAAGAUCAAGUCGUUGACGGAUGAGUUAGGUCUGAAGAUCAUGAUGCUUCAGCCUUUUGCGAAUUUUGAGGGCUGGAAGAAGGGCAAACAUGAUGAGCAGAGAAAAAAGGCGUUCGAUAAGGCACGAGGAUGGGUCAAGGUCAUGGAAGCUGCUGGUAUCACUUUAUUACAGGUUGGAUCAUCCGACUCUGAGGGAAUUUCAUCUUCAUUCGACGACUUGGCCUCCGAUCUCGCAGAAUUAGCAGAUCUUCUCGCCGAAAAAGGCUUCAGCAUCGCCUACGAAAACUGGUGCUGGGCCACCCACGCCCCAACAUGGAAAACAGUCUGGCAAAUCGUCCAAAAGGCCAACAGGCCCAACAUUGGUCUAUGUCUCGACACCUUCCAAACCGCCGGUCUCGAAUGGGGCGAUCCCACCACCAAAGACGGUCUCACCAAAGCAAACAGUGAAGAGGAGCGCAAAAUUCGCUGGCAUAAAAGUCUUGGAGAACUAGCUGCUACUGUUCCAGCGGAUAAGAUUUAUUUGUUGCAGAUCUCAGAUGCGUACAAGAUGGAUCCUCCUAUUGAGGAUAAGAAGGAUGAGGAGGGGAUUGAGUCUCUGAAGAAGCUCAUUCAGGUUAGUGAAUGA